AUGCUGAUUGUGGACAUGCUGACGCUGGCACUAGCGACUGGCUUGGAGCGGGAGCGGGACAGGGAGCUUAAUGUGGCCAACAAAGCGUCCAGCCAGCAGCACAAUGAAAACGCAAAUUGUAACAGCAGCAACAAUAACAGAAGUGGCGGGGAAACAGGAGAAGUCGUGCCCAACAUGGCUAAUGGUGGACUAGGCCCGAACGAUGGUCAUUCGGUAUGCACGGCACGCAGCUCACGAGACAAUGCUGCUGGCAACGAACCAUGCGAGGCGCGUCAGAGGCCAUGGAUACAGCUGAGCGGCCAGUUGGUGGGGCAGGAGCUGGAGCAGGGGGGCCAGCACCAACACCAACACCAACACCACCAGCAUUUUUCCACAUCCUCAAAAUUGUGCAAACUGUCCGAUUCUGGUGAAAAUUGUGAGCAAAUCUGGCGACAGACGGAAACGGAAGAGCACCAGCAGCGGUCUACAGGAGGAAAAAACUCUGCUCACGACGCGGACUCUGACUCCGACUCCGUCUGCGACUCCGUCUCCGACUCCAACUCCAACUCCGACCGCGACUCCAACUCCAAAUGCGACGACGACGCGCGGCGUACAGAAAAAUUUGUGGAAAAAGUCGGGCAAAACGCAUUGUCUGCCUGCGUGGUAGGUGAUUUUUUUUAUAAUUGUGAAAAUGUGCAAAGCAGCACAAAAGAAGCUGCAGAAGCAGUAACAGUAGCAGCAGCAGCAGCCGUAAGCUGCCACAGCCACGCCAAGUCGAACGGGCAGCAGAAGAAGCAGCAAGAGGAGUGGCAGGCGCCAUUGUCAUUGCCAUAUUCCCCGACAGACCCCCCCAGUUCAUCCUUGGCUGGCAGUGUUGAUAAUGUUGCUGGUGUUGCUGUUCCCCGCCCACCACAAAGUGUCCCCGUUGUUGUUGCUUGUGGUUACGUGGAUUACGUGAAAACCGUCGCAAACAACAAGGCCGCCCCAGGGCAGCCAUCGGAGCCCCCCGCAGCAGAGGUAGCUGUACGGACUGGCAGCAGGAGCAAACGCCGAGAGGAGGAGACCCAAGCAUCGCUGGAAUUGGAUCUGGGAUCAGCCACACUUGCAGCAUUUGCAGCAUUCGAGAAAAACGAGAAGCUCUUCGACUGUGAAUCGUUGGAGCCCCCUGUAUCUGCUAAAGAUUUGGGAAAUAGCCCGAAGGAGAGCUGCAUCAGAGCCAAGGCAACGGCAACAGCAACAGCAACAGCAACAGCAACAGCAACAAGCUGCAAUGAGCAGGAUCUCAUUGAUUUUGAGAACGAUUUGGGUGAUGAUUUUGUAGCCAGUCAGCGGCUGAAACGCUUGCAAUACAAUUUUCAGGGACGCGUGAGCAGCAACAGCAACAUUGAUUGUGUAAAGGCAUCCUUGAGACUCGAACAACAACUACAGCAACAGCAGAAAACAACAGGCAUAACAAAGAAACUACCCCCAGAGCGAGGAGUAGACCCCAACCCCAGCCCCAGCCCCAGCCCCAGCCGCAGUCCGACUGCCACGACAGCGACGACAGCGACGACCCCCCAAAGCCAACCCGCUCAACACAAUAAAAUAGUUAAGGAAACUGCCGCCGAAACUAAGGAAGGUGCAGCCGUCGCAGGCUCAAGUGCAAUUCAAUUAAAGGUAAAUUGUAUUCGAGUCGAGCAAUCGCCAAGUGAGAGCGAGCAAACUCCAGCGACCAGAGCGACCAGAGCGACCAGAGUGGGGCAAACAGCUGAACAGCAGCAGCAACAUUCGCUGAAUACGCGUCCCGAGUCGCCACUGCGCCGGCGCGGAGAGAGCCAGAGUGCGGGCCAGAUUGGGGCGCUCACAUUGGCAGCUGCCAGCGACCAAGUGGUGAUUGAAAUCGGCACGGACACGGACAGCGACGAGCAAGUGGAGACGGGGACGGACAUACCCAUCCGGAGCGCAUUUGUGCCGACCCAGGCCUGUGACGGCGGCCGCUUUGGCAUUAGCCAGGAGGAGACCCCCGCCGCCGGCGUCAAUUUUGCGACACCGCUCAGCGAGUUCGAUGUGCAGCGGUUCAGCGAGUACCUAACGGCAGCCCGCCAACUGCAGUGGGUCGACAUUGCCCUGAACCAGAGCCAGAGCCAGAAUCAGAACCAGAUUCCGAGUCUGAGCAACACCCCCAUCCAGCAUCGGAGGCUGAAAUCACACGGCCCAAGUCAGGUUGAUAAGAAGGCUGGAAACUUUCAGUGCUACGACGAACUGCUGGCAGAAUUCGUGAGCGAGCAACAGGAAUACCACAUCGACAUCGAUAGCAAAAGCGAUAGCUAUAGCGAUAGCAAUAGCGAUAACGAUAACGAUAACGACAACGACAAAGAGAGCACAUGCCAGUGCCAUGAGUGUCUAGCCAGCUUCGAGGAUAGCCAGCAGAACACGGCCAAUUGCAACAGUUCCAAAAUAACAGCCAGGAACCCAACCACCCCGUCCGUCUUUGCUUCGGAAGCGGCAACCGGAGACGGCCUGAAUAUGCGCGAGGUCAACGGUCAACUGCGCGGCCUCUUGAAGAAACCCAAUCGACCCCCGCCGGCCCGCAAGAACCGUGUGGUGUUCGAUGAGACGCGCAACGAGUUCUUUGAGGCGGACUACAUUAUCCUGAUCCGCGAGGACUGUGCCUACGAUGAGGAGGACGAGGAGCCCUGCACCUGCGGCGAACACGAGCUAGUGCGGCUCUGCUGCGAGGAGGGAUGCCAGUGCAACUACGCGGUCAAUGCCGCAGAAGCCGGCGAUGGACGAACGCCACAGAGUCCCAAAUAUCAGCCACCAAUUGAGUUUGUGGACGACGCUGCCCUGAGCCCGCCCGACGGCUACAAGGACAGCAGUCUGAAGAACACGCUCGGCGGCGCGCUGAGUGGCCACAUCUUCGGGGCCCAGCACCUGCAACAGCUGCAGGUGAUCCAGCGCCUCCAGCAGCAGCGCGCCGCGAUGCUGGCCGCCCGCAACAGCACCAGUCAGAUACCGCCGCCACCGCCUCCUGUGGGCAGUGCCCAGCAGCAGCAGCAGCAGCAACAGCAGCCGCAGCAGCAACCGCAGCAGCAGCAGCAGCAGCCACAGCAGCAGAAACCGCAGUCGGAGGAGGACCUGCAGGGCGUCUGCACGGAGUGUGCCGAGUGCGCAGAAUGCGCCGCCAAACAGCUACAGGAAGCAGAAUGCAGCUCGCCGCAGUGCCCAGAGGAGAUGACACCACUCGGAGUGCCGGCGGUGGCCCUCCUGCCUCUGCACACCAGUUCACCGGAGCGUCGCAUUACCCAGAAGGAGAUCAUCGCCGGCGAGGAGCGGCCCAAGUACGUGCUGCAGUCCCAGUACAAGGCAUCGCCCACUGCAGUCAAAGCUAAGAAGGAUUCGGGCGUGGCCAAGGCCAGCUCUGCCACUGCCACUGGCCCCGGCUAUGGCCCAGCACCGGUGCCGCCGGGAGUCAGUGGCUCGACCAAGAAUAAACGAUUUUUUGUUGAAACUAUUACCACUAUGACCACAGUGACCGAGCGGCGCAUCAUCCGGGAGGCACACGAGGAUGUGGCCAGUGUGGCUUCCUCUCCCGUUCCCGCUGCCAUUGCCCCGGGCGCGGAUAUGCAGCCACCCGCUCUGCCAGCCAAGACGAAUGCCACAGUGGCAGCCGCCGCCGCCGCCGCUGCCGCCACCGCUGCUGCCGCAGCUACCACACCAGAGAAGCAACCAUUCGAUGAGCAGAUGCCACCGCCCAUACCGCCAAAGGAGACGUCGCCCACCCAGAUAAGCGGCAUACUGAAGGGCGGCAAGCUCUGGAAGCAGGACUCCAUCUCCCAGCAGUCGGAUGACCAGAACAACACCUCGGAGGAGGAGAGCGGCGCCAUUAAGCGCUCGGUGCGCUUCGUGACGGAGGACCAGGCGAAUGCCGGCGGCGACAGCGACGCCCAGUCGCUGGCCGGGGAGCUGGACGACAGCGAAAACCAGAUCAACGAGCUCAUCCCCAUCAAGAAGCACUCGACCCUUUUCAACAACGCCCUGCGCCCCAACUCGGCGGUGCGCCAGCUCUUCCCCAGCGUCUCCGCCCACCAGGCCCCCGUCCUCACCUCGGAAGCCCUGCGAGCCUUCGACGAGUCGAAGCGGGCCGGCUGCCUCGUGACCCACUUGCCCGGGAGCUGCGGCGACUCGGACACCCUGCGCCGCAGCAUGGAGCGCAACAUCCUUCGCCGCUCAUUGAUCAAAAAAAAGGCCGUCAAGUCGGACAUAUCGCUGGAGGACCGCAUCAAGCAGCUGACCUGCGACAUCGACGAGGACCUGGCCGAGGAGCUGUCCCGGGACGUCGACGAGGACCCCGACCCCAGCGAGCGGGGCUCCGACGAACUGGCCCAGCGCGACAGUCCCGCCGGCGAGGAGAACCCCAAUCCUGCGCCCAGCUCCGCCGCUGGCCAGAAGUUCAUGAACGGCGAGAAGAGUUUCUCGCCCAGCAGCUCGGUUUCCAGCUCCUCGAGCGGGUCGUCGGCCUACAAGAAGAUCGCGGACAUAUUCAAUCGCGACAAGAAGCAAGAGAAGAUCAUGGAGCUGGAGGAGAACCCCAUUGUCAUCAUACCACAGGAGUGCCGCUGUCCGGCUGCACCCGACUUGGGCAUGGGCAUCCAAGUGCCCGUGGUCCAUACCCAGAUCCACCGUACCCCACCCCGCCAGACCGAGCCGAAGCGCCAGUUCCUCUCCUCCACCCUAGCUCCGCUCACCGCCUGCGUGGCUGGCAACAAGGACGACCUCUCCUCGUACUACACCCUUGCCGCCGGCGCCCACGCCCACGGCCACAGCCACGCCCAUGCCGCCCACUACGCAGUCGCUGCAGCCGAAUUCAACAUGGGCCAGCUCCUGGGCGCGGCCACAGCUGCAGCCGUCUCCGGGGACCCGGUGGGGCAGCACGCCGCGGCCAUGGCCGCUCAAAGCCUGGGCAGCAUGGCUGCCGGGGCGGGAUUGGGUGGUGCUGUGGCCAGCGCCGUUUCGGAGGAGGUGCGCAAGGUGGCGCCGGAUGUCAUUGCCGGCACACCCGGCCAGGAGGCCGCCAGUCGCCCCGAACAGGACGAACUGGCCGUCUUCGCCCAAGCGGAAGCCAAGCGAACCGAACAGCUCAAGAAGCGGUACACGGGAGGGGCGGACCAGUCGCAGGCCAGCAGCGACGAUGAUGAGCAGAACGACUACGGCUUCAACAAGCGGCCCUCGGUGCGCGGCAUCAAGCCGAAGUUCAGCUCCACCAACGAGAUCCUGGCCCAGAUGCAGGAGCAGCUCAGCGCCUCCAUCCCCACAGUGGUGAACAGCCAGCCGGUGCCGCAGGCGGUAAAGGGCUACGCUAUGCCCAACACUGCCAAGCAGAAUCCCUCGGCACAGCAACAGCAGCAUCAACAGCAGCAGCAGCAGCAGCAACAGCAGCAGCAGCAGCAGCAACAACAGCAGCAGCAACAGCAACAGCAGCAGCAACAGGCACAGCAGCAGCAUCAGCAUCAGCAGCUGCAACAGCAGAUGGCGGCAGCGAUGCAGGCGAACACGAUUGCCCAGCAGAAGACGGAACAGCGCACGUGGAGCUUCUACAGCGAGACCGGGGAGCAGCAGCGCUUCCCCAUCGACGCGGCCGCCAUUCACCAGACCUACUACCAGACCCUGCCCGCCGGCACCAUGUUCCGCCAGACGAUGAUCCAGCAGGGGGCGGCCGGCGACGAUGCCUCGCUUCUGUAUGCCGCGGCAGCCGCCCAGAAUUGCCAGAGCGUCACGGCCACUGCCACGGCGACGGCCACGGCCAUCGAGCAGAGCAAGCACAGUAGCUACAGCAGCCACUUCGCACGCAGCCCCACUCGGCGGCCGGAGUCGCCGCCGCCGCUACGGAACUACCACCAAACCAUGGUGCUGAUACCGUACAAUGCCGAGACGUACUCCCAGUUUGCCACCAGCAGCAGCGUGGACCCCAAGCUAGCCCACAUUCAGCGCCAGAAUAUCCUGGAGUACCAGCAGGUCACUCAGCAAACGAUACGGGUGCCCAUCGGGUAUGCCCUGCCAGGCAUGCAGCUGCAUGUGGUCAGUGGUCGCGGCCACGCCGCCCACUACGGCCAGCAUCAGCAGCAGCAGCACCAUCAGCAUCAGCAACAGCAGCAGCAGCAGCAACAGCAGCAACACCAGCAGCAGCAGCAACAACAGCAGCAGCAACAGCAGCAGCAGCAGCGACUGAUGCCGCAACAUUAUCAGUUCGGGACGGAGGGAGGCAUUCCGGGCUUCAGCGAGCGUGGAGUACCGGAGGGAGCAGCCACUGUCUCGCACAGCGACUGCAAUUCCAUGGUCUCCCCAACAGCAGCAUCGGCGGCACAGCAGCAACAACAACAGCAACAGCAGCAACAACAGCAUCAGCAGCAACACCAGCAACAGCAGCAGCACCAGCAGCAACAGCAGGCUGGAAUCGGAGUUGGGGCUCAGGCCCAGCCACAUGCCCAGGGAUCAGUGUACUACGCGAUGAACGUAUGACCCGCGCUUGAAUAGUCGCUGCCAGCGGCGGUCAUCGUCGAGCGCCGCCAGUGUCAACGCGUCGAGCUGUCAGCGACUUCAGUGCAUUUGGGUCGCGGCGGAGUGAACGGCGGCGGCGGCGGCGGCAGAUGAGCGCCCAUCUGCCCCCCGCCCUCCACCGUCAGCGCGUCCCAGGGAAUCCCAUCCGCCUGAUUUGAGUUGCACUUGAGUUGAUCCUAGCGAGCGUCUUAGUCAUUUAUUCCUCUGUUGUUCAUCCUAAAUCGUGCUCUGUAACCCGUUUCUACCGUUUCUGAAUGUAUGCAUGCGUGACAGUGUCUGUGUUUGUGUCUGUGUGUGUGCGUGUGUGCGCGUGUGUGAGUCCAUGUCCUUGCCCCUUAGCCCGUGAGCAACGUACAUACAUACAGGCUACCGCUUGGUUUGCAUAGGACGAUAGGCCGUGUAAGAUACUGAUGAUUCGUUGCCAAGACUAAGAAAAACUAACGAUAACCUGUUUUAUGAAUACUCGUAUUGUAAUCAGAUAUAUAUUAUACACUAUAUGUUACACUAUAUUCCAAAAAUGAACUUUUAGUUUUUGUUCUAGUUUCUAGAGAUAUUCUAGACACAUACUAAUAUAGUACUUACUGCUGUAGAUGAGAAAAGGCGGCGAAAAUGUAAACCAAAAUACAACCAAAUGACAUGAAUUUAUUUCAAGCAUGUACGUGCUGGGUGCUAGCAAUGCAACAACAACCACAAGAACAACAAAAACAAAGACAAAGAAACAUGAUUUAUUAUUAACGAUAAGAUAUUCAAGUUACAUUUAGCAAAAGUAAAACUUAAAGGAA